AUGACCGUGGCCGCAGCGGCGGCGGAGUCGGAGGCGGCGCUACCAGUUGUUGACUUGCGGUCCUUCGACUCGGUCGAGGACCUUGCGGCCGACCUCAUGCGCGUCGGCAAGGAUCCCGGUUUCUUCUACGUUGUUGGCCACGAGCUGCGCGACGACGUCGCAGCCGACAUGUUUGCUCUUGCCAAGAGCUUCUUCAGCUCACCCCUUGAAGAGAAGUUGGUGUACGCCAACGGCAGCGGUGACCUGGGUUACACCGGUAUGAGAGAAGAAACGUAUGUUGUGCUCAGCCCCAUCUACCAUGCUUAUGGUGUUUCCCCUUUCGUAAAGAAACAGUGGGAUCACGCUCAGAUGUUGAUGUUUGUGGGGUGGAACAGGCUUUCGGGAGCAGGGCCAGGCGACGUUAAAGAGUCCUUUUACCUAUCAGACCCCGGUAAAACGACGCAGCUGCUUCCAACCGAGUUGGAGUCCCGCCGAGAGACAAUGGCGGCCUUCUUUGCGGGUUGCGACAACCUCGCAAAGACUCUUUUGGAAGGACUUGCAGUUGGAUUAGGCAUGCCAAGAGAUUUUCUAUCAAAGGCCCAUACUGGCGAAUGUUGUCGUAUGCGUCUCAUAAACUAUCCCCCGGUAUCCGAGGUCUCAUCAUCCACCACCACCUCCUCGCCUCCAGACGACGCCCCAACCUCUAACUCGGAAGAUAUCCGAGCGGGUGCCCACUCCGAUUACGGCUCACUUACCCUGCUUUUCCGCCAGCCCUCGGACCAGGGCGGCCUUCAGGUCCUGCGAGGAGGAGGAGGAGGAAACAAGCCCUCCGCGUGGGCUGACGUCCCCUGCAUCCCCAAUGCCAUUGUCGUCAACAUAGGCGACGCCCUGGAGUUUUGGACCGCAGGGAGGCUGCGGUCUACGGUGCACAGGGUCGCCUUUCCCAGGUCCGCGAGCGAGAAUGUCGCGAGGUUAAGUAUACCCGUGUUCAUACAGCCUGAUCGCCACGUCGUGUUGGCACCCAUCAAGGAGGACCGAGGGGAUGGCGGCGGCGGCGGUGCAGGUGCCGAGUUUUUGGAGGUUUUGAGGAGAAAGGGGUACGAAAGUGCCGAGCCUGUUACCAGUCGGGAGCAUUUGGAGCGACGGAUACGAGCGACGUACGGCAAGGCUUAA